AUGGCCCCAGCCAACUCCUCCCGCAACUUUUCCGCGCCGGAGGCUCGGAACGGCUCAGUAGCAGAGAAGCCAGCACCGUACACCAACGUGAUCAUGCCCAGUCUCUUCAGCAUCAUCUGUUUCCUGGGCAUUGUGGGGAACCUCAUUGUCAUCUACACUAUUGUCAAGAAGAAGAAGCUGAGAUGCAAACAGACCGUGCCUGACAUUUUCAUCUUCAACCUCUCCAUUGUGGACCUCCUUUUCCUCUUGGGCAUGCCCUUCCUCAUCCACCAGCUCCUAGGCAAUGGCUCGUGGUACUUUGGAGCUCCCCUAUGCACCAUCAUCACCGCCCUGGACACAAACAGCCAGAUCACCAGCACCAACAUCCUUACAGUGAUGACACUGGACCGUUACCUGGCAACGGUCUACCCUCUAAAAUCUACCUAUGUCCGGACCCCAUGUGUUGCAGCUCUAGUUAUCUGCUUGGUGUGGCUCCUCUCCUUCCUGACCAUCAUUCCUGUGUGGAUGUAUGCAGGUCUUAUGCCUCUGGAGGACGGGACCGUCCGCUGUGCUCUCUUGCUUCCCAACCCAGAGACUGAUAUCUACUGGUUCACCCUCUAUCAGUUCAUGCUGGCAUUUGCUGUGCCAUUGAUUGUGAUCUGUGUGGUCUAUUUUAAGAUACUCCAGCACAUGGCCACCACUGUGGUCCCAUUGCCCCAAAGGAGCCUCCGGGUACGUACCAAGAAAGUCACCCGCAUGGCAGUUGCCAUCUGCUCCGCCUUUUUUAUUUGUUGGGCUCCCUUCUACAUCCUCCAGCUGGUUCACCUCGGCAUCGACACACCAUCCAUGGCCUUCUUUUAUGCCUACAACUUUGCCAUUAGCUUGGGCUACGCCAACAGUUGCCUCAACCCCUUCCUCUACAUUGUCCUCAGCGAGACCUUCAAGCGCCAGUUCUUAGUGGCCAUCCGCCCCGCGAAAGAGCCAUGUCGUAACAGCAGCUCUGUCAACAACAACAGCAUGACAGAGGCCAGCGUAUGUCUGAAGCUGGCACCGGAAUCCACCCAGCAGACUCAGUUUCUGGAGGACUUUUCCCCACGUUCACUGCCUGUGACUGUGGCUGUUCACUAG